GGAGACGGAGCUUUUCUCUCUUCUUUCUCUCUCUAUCUAGAAAGUAAGAGAGAAGGAAGAAGAGAGAGAGAGAGAGAGAGAGAGAGAGAGGAAGAAACGCGGUAAGGAAGGAAACAAUGAUGUCACUGAGGCGAUACACGUCCUUCCUCCUCCUCCUUCUGAAGAAGGAGAAGGAGAAGGAGAGUAGGCAGAGUUUGGGGUGGUUAGUGAUGGAGAGCAGAAGGUUGCUGAAUGGGGUUGCAGGGGGAGUUGAUGAGGACCUCCGUGGCAAUGAGGACGGUCAUCAGCUCCUCACCCCUUGGGCCUCUUCCGUUGCUAGUGGUUACACUUUGUUGCGGGACCCACACCACAACAAGGGAUUAGCAUUCCCCGAGAAAGAGAGAGAUGCUCAUUACUUGCGUGGACUUCUGCCACCAGCAGUCAUGAGUCAGGAGCUGCAGGAAAAGAAGAUAAUGAACAUGCUUCGCCAGUAUAAGGUUCCCCUUCACAUAUAUAUGGCCAUGAUGGAUCUCCAGGAGAGGAAUGAAAGGUUAUUUUACAAGCUUCUUAUCGACAAUGUCGAGGAACUGCUUCCCAUAGUGUACACUCCAACAGUUGGCGAGGCUUGCCAGAAAUAUGGCAGCAUUUUCAGGCGCCCCCAGGGCCUCUAUAUCAGCUUAAAAGAAAAGGGAAAGAUACUCGAGGUCCUGAAAAACUGGCCCGAGAGGAAUAUUCAAGUGAUUGUUGUGACUGAUGGUGAGCGAAUCUUGGGUCUUGGUGAUCUGGGUUGCCAGGGGAUGGGCAUUCCUGUUGGAAAGCUCUCUUUGUAUACCGCACUCGGAGGUCUUCGUCCUUCAGCAUGCCUGCCUAUAACCAUUGAUGUUGGAACGAACAACAAAGAUUUGUUGAAGGAUGAGUUCUAUAUUGGCCUUAGGCAAAACAGGGCAACUGGGCAGGAAUAUGCUGAACUACUGGAAGAGUUCAUGUUUGCUGUCAAGCAGAACUAUGGAGAGAAAGUCCUUAUUCAGUUCGAAGAUUUUGCAAACCAUAAUGCAUUUGAAUUACUGGCAAAAUACAGUAAUACACACCUUGUCUUUAAUGAUGACAUUCAGGGCACAGCUUCAGUGGUGCUUGCAGGGCUAAUCGCUGCUCUUAAAUUAGUGGGUGGGAAAUUAUCGGAUCAGAAGUUUUUAUUUCUCGGCGCAGGGGAGGCGGGAACUGGAAUUGCAGAGCUUAUAGCUCUUGAGAUGUCAAAACAGACAAAAACUUCGAUAGAAGAGACCCGCAAGAAGAUUUGGCUUGUAGACUCUAAGGGGCUGAUUAUUGCAUCCCGAAAAGAGACGCUUCAGCACUUCAAGAAGCCCUGGGCUCACGAGCAUGAACCCAUGAGAACUCUUCUUGAUGCAGUCAAGGCCAUCAAGCCAACAGUUUUAAUAGGAUCGUCAGGAGUGGGAAAGACAUUCACGAAGCAGGUGGUUGAGGCCAUGGCUUCAUUCAACAAGGUUUCUCACAGACAUGACAAGCAGAUACUAGUACUCAUACAUAAACCUAUAAUUCUUGCUCUCUCCAAUCCGACUUCCCAAUCCGAAUGCACAGCUGAAGAAGCUUACACCUGGAGUGAGGGUCGAGCAAUUUUUGCCAGCGGAAGCCCAUUCAAUCCUGUAGAAUAUAAUGGGAAGACUUAUGUGCCGGGACAGGCAAAUAAUGCAUACAUAUUCCCUGGAUUGGGUUUGGGCCUGAUCAUAUCCGGUGCCAUCCGCGUUAAGGAUGACAUGCUUCUUGCUGCCUCGGAAGCAUUAGCUGCUCAAGUUGCAACGGAGAAUUUCGAGAAGGGACUGAUCUACCCUCCAUUCUCCAACAUCAGAAAGAUAUCCGCCCACAUUGCUGCUAAUGUUGCUGCCAAGGCAUAUGAGCUCGGAUUGGCUUCUCGGCUUCCUCGACCCAAAGAUCUGGUUGAAUAUGCCGAGAGCUGCAUGUACAACCCAGUAUACCGGACCUACCGUUGAAGCUUUGCUGAAUUCUCUCCAUCAUACGGCCGAUUUUUCAAUGAUGAACAAGAUAUCGAUCUCUUUAUUUUCAUCUGAACGUUUUUCUUUUCUAGAUUUGUAGAUAAAUCGAUAGUCCUACCAAUUUGUAUUCCCUGCUUCCAUAACUUCUCUCCCAGAAUAAUUUUGGAAAUAAUCAGUAGAUUCUUUAUGCUCA